AUGACAUCGCCAGGAUCGUUUUGUGGACUAGCCUUCGCAAUAGCCGUAAUGGCUGUUGGACCCAACUUGGUGACCUUUGUAGUAGGUGCCGGAGAUAUCGAUCCGUCCAAGAUUAGAAAAUUGACUCCCGAGAGAUAUGACUGCGUCAAGGAUGUUAUUGCCGGGCGAGUCCAGGCUUUGAAAUCGGCAACGAUGCCGACGAAACCUACACAUACGAAAGUUAAAGACAAGGAUGAACAGUCAGGUGCUACAACGACCGAACCGAAGGCACCAGUGCUUGAGCCAAAGGUAGUUCCUACCGUUGCUCAAAUGACGGGGGAUACACCUGAACCCGCAACCAGGACUAUUUUACAAAAAGACACAAGCAAAGAGAAGGCAGAACUGUUUAACGAAUUGCCCAAAAUAAAAGGAACGGGGAUAACUUUCAAAUCACCGCAAGCGGAAACGAAAGUAAUCGAUGACCUCUCAAGUCCGGAAACUACGGAAGAAGACGUACCGAAAGUACCCGAUUAUUCUCCUCCAAAGGUUGUAGGCGUGCUUCUGAAAAAAGGUAAUAAAAGACCAAAUGCUACGCCACCACCACCUCCUGCAAGCACAUCAAAACAGGAGCCGAAGAAGUCGGACACCGUAAUCAAGCAACUCGAUAUUAAACCCACUGAAGAACCCAAACAAACAGAUAAGGAUGUACUCGGCGCAACUCUGGAUACUAAAAAAGGAGCAGCCGCUGAAGAUACGGACUCUGAUUCAUUCGAAAGACAACCAUUGCUCUCGUCAAUAGAAUAUCCAAUGAGUAGUGAUGAUGAAUAUGAACUAUGGAAAGAUGUCUCAUUUGGCCAUUCCGUCCCAGAAUUGAGCAUAACGCAAACUUACGCAGAAGCACCUCCCAAACCGGCCACCAGAUUUAGAUCAGCAUCGGUACAGACUACCCCGGAACUACUAAGUUCAUUAUUUGAUAAGGACACAGACAGAUCAAGUGGUGCUGGCGAUGAGAAAAGCUUGAAAAAAAAACCUGUAGCCGCAAAUAGGAGACGUAAAAGUCUACCACUUACAGGUAAGGCUCGUGUCCGUCCUCGGCUUAAUGCAGCCGAUAUUGUUGGUGUGAAUUAUGCAUCAUCUUUCCCGGGUGCUUCAUUUCAUUUACGUGUAGCAUCAGAAAACCCUAGAAAACCGAUGUAUAUCGGCAGACCACUGUCACAAGAAACGUUUUAUGAAAAUAUGAACCUUGAGGAUGAACCAUUAUAUGCAAAUAUGCAAGGAGUAGAGGAGGAUAUUUAUAUGGAUAUGAAUAAAGGUGUGAUAAGCAUAAGUCCCACAGAAUCUGUGGAACAGCCGUUAUACGCAAAUUUACCGAACACCGAUGAUGACGAUUAUAUGGAGAUGCAAUCUGGUGUCAGUGACACCGCAUACCCAUCUGACGAACAGCCGUUAUACGCAAAUUUACCGAACACCGAUGAUGAUGAUUAUAUGGAGAUGCAAUCUGCUGUCAGUGACACCACCUACCCAUCUAAUGAAGAGCCGUUAUACGGCAACCUUAUUCCCAUGCAAAGCGUAAGUUAUGCGCAGAUGCCACCGGUUUACGAGAAUAGUCGCGCAAAAUUAAGUGCGGAGGAUCACCUUUAUGAGGAGGUCGACUUGGACGAUGUACCGUUGUACGAGAAUUUACCCUGCGGAGAUAAUACUGCCGGCGCCCAUAUGGAGUUUACAGAAGAAGAUAGUCGCAGUAAAAGGGCGUCCAAAACUGGAAAUCCAACCCUUGAGAAAAAUGAUGAUACUUACCUGGAAAUGAGGGGAUUUAGUCAUUCAUACAACCCAACUUAUGGUUUAAAUCGUGAUCUUGAGUGGCGGUCCGUCGUAAUUCGUCAACCUUUACGUGAUCAAAUAACUCAAACAAUGAUUGAAAGCAGUGACCUCCCGGGAAAGUCCGUGAAUAAAAAUGAUGAUGCCAUAUGCUUGUCUCGUAGUGAUUCGACUGAUAUUUAUGGAUACGAGUUAGAUGGAGAUACCGGGGAUGAGGUUCGCGGCAGACCCUUGACGGACAAGUUUGUUGCUGGCGUGGAGAAGGCUUCGGAUUCAGUUCAAUCCAAGUUUAAGAGAUUCAAGCAUUACACGACUAAGAAAGCUCGAGCACUGAAGCGCUACAUUAUGGGAACCGGAAAAGCUGCGUGUGAGAAAUUUGAUGAUGCCGGGAAUUGUAUUGAGGACGGGAUUGUUUCGGCAAGGAGGUCAGCUGCUGAUAAACUUGCAAGCUUGCAUGAAAAACUAGAACCGAGUCCAGAGCGCACAUGGAUGCCAUUCCAUUCCGCUCUCAUAAGGUAA